AAACAUUCCAAUAUGCAUCUUAUCAGCAAAAUUCUUUAUGUCUGCGUCGCUUUACACGUCGCCUUUCAGGGCGCGUCCGGCGCGAUUCUCCGGGGACGAACCAGCGAUGCCGAUUCUAACCAGCUUUCAGCAAGUGAUUUCCAAACUCUGAGCCAGGCCGCGGAGGAUCUGAACAGUCAGCUGGAUAACUUUUUGCGAAACUGGAGUGGUGGUCACCGUAAACCCGAAACCGAGGAAACCACAACCAUUGUCAAGCGGCAAACGAGUGGCGUCUCGAUAUCUGCGCAAGACCUUCAGGAUCUUUUGAAGCUCAUCCAGUCCAUCGAGCGGCAGUUGGCGGCGAUCAUCGCUGGCAGCACUACGGCAAGCGGGACGGUGGCACCGGCUCCGUCAAACACCGUCAACAACCCUGGGCCGGUUGCUUCGUCGUCACCUGCCAAUCCAGGUGUAAGUUCUCCUACCCCCAGCCCCGUUCUAACGAACACAGGAAAUGGCGGGCCGCUCACCACGGCAUACGGGACGUCCGUCUCGACCGGGACGCGGUGCAUAACGACCAUCACCCAAACGUUUACCGAGUAUGUCAAUGAGGACGGAACGACAGCCGUGCCUGGGGCUCGCCGAUCAGUCGUGGACGACGUCGAGGUGGACGUCGAAGAGGACGAUGAGCCUUGGGUUACUGCCACCGUGCCUCGGGACAUUGAAGAAGACGAUGAGUGGGAGCCUUGGGUCCAGUUCGACGGGACUACCACCGAGGAAGACGAGUCCGAUGUGGGCUUCACGACGCGCGAUUCCUGGACGGAGCUGGGUGUUAAGCGUCGUGAUCCGCUGGGCGAGACCAGUGGCCCUGGGCUCCUCUUCGUUCGCGACGAAGAGGGAAUUUGACGGCGUCGCAUGGCGUCGAAAGGUAGGCUUGGACACGCAAAUGCGAAGAUCGUCUUGGCUCACUGUUUACAGUACAUGAUGAUUGAGAGACCGUCCACGGACGACGUUGAGAGUGGGCAACGACACAUUAUGAUGGACGAAUUUCGCAUAAUGAUUUUCACGACUUAUUUACGACAUUCAUUUGGCAUGAGAUAGACGAAAGCAUGAGAAGCAUUUGUACGGAGAAGAAUGCGAGGCGAGAUAGACAUGUACGCUGUUUUUCGGCAUCUCAACUACCAGAACGGCAACGGCUGGGAAAUUCUUGGAUCGGGUUUUGUGUAUCGUACCGUACCUUCAACAGGCGGCGGGCACACCAGAUGAAAUGACUAUGAAAUGAUUAGACGGGCAC